UAUCAAUGAAGUAGUAAAAGGGGGGAACGUCUGUGGCAGAAGAGAAGGAAAAGGUUUUUUAGACGAAGCUUUUAAUAGACUGUUUGCUUUGGGUGGGUUCCCUUCUUUUAUUUACUGAAUUCCAGAGGUGACCAAGACACAAAGUCAAAAUGAAGUUCAUCAUAGGCAUUGGAGGAGUGACCAACGGUGGGAAGACCACUCUAACAAAUAGACUAUUAAAGACAUUACCCAACUGUUGUGUGGUGCACCAAGAUGACUUCUUCAAGAAACCCGAUCAAAUAGAAGUCGGGGAGGACGGCUUUAGACAGUGGGAUGUGAUCGACGCCAUUGACAUGGAGGCUAUGGUCAACACUGUGAAAGGCUGGCAGGAGAACCCAGUCAAAUUUGCCCGCUCACACGGCGUCAGCGUGUCACCCGAAACUGAGGAAUCCGACUCGAAGGAGGGGAUCCAUAUUCUCAUAGUGGAGGGGUUCCUCAUCUACAACUACAAGCCUCUAAUUGACGUCUACGACAACUGUUUCUACAUUUCCAUUCCUUAUGAGGAGUGCAAAAGGAGAAGAAGUACAAGGACAUACACGCUCCCUGACCCCCCCGGCCUGUUCGAUGGCCACGUCUGGCCCAUGUACUUGAGACACAGGAAAGAGAUGGAGAACAACUGUGACAGAAUAGAGUACCUUGAUGGGAUGACAUCUAAGGACGAUAUCUACAACAGAGUGUAUGAAAGUGUUCAAAACACCCUACUGAACAACUUAUAGCAACACGGGGAUAAGAGUGGAUUUGUGUAUAGACUUGUAAAUAUAACUUUGCCUGAAUGUGUAACACCAGUUCUGCACUUCUAGCCUGACUUGUAAAUAGUUAAUCCUGUAACUUAUUAAGAACUAAAGAAAGAAGCGCCGUGUUUUGUAUAGUCCCGUGUAACUUUUUGUAAAAGAUAAGCCACCUCUGGACCGCCCAGUGUUGAACAUCAGGGACAGAUCUCCACUCUGAUCUUGUUGUAUGUAAACAUACGAAAUGCCCACUGGGACGAAGGGAAUUGUGUCUCGCAACCAAAUGAAACGACUGAAUCUAA